UACAUUGCAGUCGUAUGCUACAAAAUAACAUUUUAGUUUCUACGUUGUAGUUUUAAGUUUCAUAAAGUUUGUUAACUUAAAACUUACUAUUAAAACAGUAAUGUUGGUGUUUUAUCAGUAUUAAUAUAUUACUAUUUUGUACAGUUAAUAUAGGAAAUCAAACAUGGAACCUCAAAAUACUUCAAAAUUGUUGAGAAGAGCGGGAAAAUCUUCAACAUCUUAUCUUGACCUUGACAUUGGAGAAGUGUUAUCUCAUGUCAAUGAAAUCGCCAGUGAUAGGCUUUACGAUAUAAAUAAUUCGGUACUAAAAAAGAGGCAACAUGGUGGGAAUGGAAAAAGUGCAGAAAUUAAACGAAAAAAGCCUAAAACUGAUAGAGGUAAGCUGUUCUGCAAAGAUAAGCCAAAUGGUGCUUUACGGACACCAAUUCAAUGCAACGCUAAGGCGGAAUAUCGCAUAGAGUACUUGAAAAAGGCAGGAGAAACUUUCAUUCAAGAUGGUGCCUGUUCCAAAGUGGCGCCUAAGCUUUCAAAGUGUCAAGAAUGUAAGUCGGCUCUUCAAGAACCACGUCUGUCACCUUCCAAAACUCUCUGUCGAUUCGAUGCCUUCAGAAGGCUUAGGUACACAAAAAAUGGCAACUUGGCGACAGCUGGGUUCCUGGACCCAAACAAAGAUGUAACACAGAAAGAUCUCAGUCUGUGGCUUCCUCAGCACCUUAGCUCUUCUAUUUCGCCAGAUAUGGAAUCAUCCCUGUUCCUGUUGCUACAUGUCAGUAGCCAGUUUUACCGACUGCUGGAACAGGAGAGAGAGGCCAUUACAAUCAAUAUGGCAGAGACUAAGAUUGUGGCAUGGAAGAGGAUGGUACAAGGUGUAAGAGAAAUAUGUGAUGUGUGCAAGACAGCUCUCUUCAAUUAUCACUGGGUGUGUCACAAGUGUGGGUUUGUUGUCUGCAUAGAUUGUUACAAGAGUAGGAAGAACGGGCUUAUCAAGAAGUGGUUGCUGUGUACCAAUGGCCGGGGACACAAUCAGGAGACCUUGAUGUUGACUCAGAUUGUACCUGCAGACUGCCUGGAGACGCUAGGACUUAAACUUCAACAGUUUCAGGACACGUAUUCCAUCCCCUUGUCUACUACUGCCAAUUAUGAAAAGGAGGGUAUUAGGAGCAGCUGUGAUGUAAAUAAAGCAAAUAGUCAUAGUUCAACUGUGGUAAAAUCAUUGAAUAGCGCUAGUAUUUGUAAUUUACAGUCUGCCAUCACAAUGCCAUCUUCUGUGAAAAUAACAAAGGAAGUGGUGAAGCAGCAAGAAAAUAUAGAGACUUUGGAACAAGUUAGGAGAUCCUCCAAGAAUAACCAAGUGAUACAUGUAAGAACAAACCAGCAACACUACUUUUCUGAACCUGAACAAGGAAAAGAAGGAUUAGACGUUUUUAAGGGAUUCGAUGAUCAAAUUAAUGAAGAGCAAGGGCAGUUAAAACAAGUACUAAGUUAUCCCCACUGCAAUCAGAUAUUAGACGAUAAUUCUAAAUUAUUGAAAGAGAGCUUUGAAAUUGAAAAUAUGGAGAAAAUGAAACUUCUGCUUAAUGGUGUGCAAUAUCCAAACAACAACCAUAAUAUAAAUGAAAUUACUCUAAGCCACAUGGUUGGUGACUUUGACAUUGAAAAAAUUGAAGUAGAUUUACUCCAGAAAUCUAUAAAGACUUAUGAAUGGGAUAUGUUGAUGGGGAAUAUUCCGAGCAAAAUCAUAAAAGGGAAUAUUUUGCAGAAGUUUGACAAUUAUUCUGAUAAAACCUGUACAGAAAAGAAAUCUAUAUUUUCAAACCUAAUGUCUGAGGGUUGUAAAAAUAACAACUUUUUGAGAAAUAAAAUUAUCCAACAACCAGUCAUGGGUUAUUCAGCUGACAAAGUAAUUUAUGGAGAUAGAUUGAUGACUGAAUCAUCAUUGAAAAAUUGCAAGAUUGAUCAGUCGAUGCCUGAAGGGAUGACUCUCAAGACAUACGUGGAACAGUUUAGUGACAUUGGGAAUCAUAAAGAAGAUAUUAUCAAUUACAAAGUUGGCUACCAAAUUCUGGAUGAGAGAAUUGUUCCAGAUUUACCAAGGUACCCUCAAAAUAAUAUAAUUCAAGCUGAUUUACAUCUACAAGCAGAGGGUAACCCUUAUGGCAGUAUUGAAAAGCAACUUGUCAAGUGUGUUGGGAACGGACAGUCGAGUCUUCAGCUGCCAGAGGAGGACAGUAACAACCAGCAGAUAGUGAACAAGACAUCAAUAUUAACUGCAGGCUUCCCUAAAAACAGCUUGAUGAUUCUGCAAAAGGAUGUGGAGCAUUCUGACAACAAUCAGUUGAUAAUAUUUAAAUCAAUAUCAUCUGUAAUAGAGGAGAAGAAUGAUAAAGCUAAUUCCAAAAAGCAACCAGAUAAUAACUUAUCAGCUCUCAUAAAAGAUAGUUGGACAUUUUUGCAGGACGCCUGUCCAUUGACACCAACAAAAAGUAAGGAACUGUUCCCGGACGUUCCUCACUCAUGGCUCUGUGGAGGUAGGCUGCUACAUCUGCACAAAUCUAAUCAUCCUGGAAACUUCAAGUUAUUCCAGGACCAGUGGCGGCGAGGCCAACCAGUCCUUGUGAGUGAUGUGACAAAACACUUGGACCAGGAUCUCUGGCACCCAGAAUCUUUUGCCAGGGACUUUGGUGACAUAAGGAAUGUCCUUGUGGACUGCAUGACUGGACGAUCGGUACACAGUCACUUAAUGAGAGAAUUCUGGGAAGGCUUCAAACACCCUGAAAGGAGACUCAAGGAUGAGGAUGGAAAUCCUAUGUUGCUGAAAUUGAAAGAUUGGCCCCCAGGAGAUGAUUUUGCGGAAAUGUUGCCAUCAAGAUACAUGAACCUGAUGUCAGCGUUGCCGAUGAGUGAGUAUACCAGUCGGAGUGGUCCCCUUAACCUGGUCUCAUGUCUUCCUGACUGCUUUGUGCCCCCAGACCUGGGCCCUAAGAUGUACUCUGCCUAUGGUUCAGCCCUCUAUCCCUCCAAGGGCAGCACUAAUCUACACCUAGACGUCUCGGAUGCAGUCAACGUCCUAGUUUAUGUUGGCAUUUCCAACGAUUCUCUGGACCACUCACGAGUGGUGUACCGGGUCAUCAGCGAGGCAUGUGCGGAUAGGCAAACACGACGGGUGCAAAAGAAGACACGGCUACCUGGGGCUUUAUGGCACAUCUAUGCAGCAAAUGAUGCGGCCAAGAUACGCGCCCUGCUAAGCCGAGUGGCUGCAGAACGAGGGCGGACCUUGGAAUCGCAUCAGGAUCCCAUCCAUGAUCAGACCUGGUAUCUUGACAAUAAACUGCGUGGCCGAUUGCUGACAGAGUAUGGGGUGGAGGGCUAUACUAUAGUGCAGUGUCUUGGUGAUGCCAUCUUCAUCCCAGCUGGGGCUCCUCAUCAGGUUCAGAAUCUAAACAAUUGUAUCAAGGUGGCAGAGGAUUUCGUUUCACCAGAGAAUAUCUCCCACUGCUUUCACUUGAUGCAAGAAUUCCGGAAACUUUCCGAUGUGCACUUAAACCAUGAGGAUAAACUUCAGGUCAAGAACAUCAUCUACCAUGCUGUCAAAGAUGCUCUUUCGGUUCUACCACUGGAAUAGAACUUCAUUCAUUAUAUUUGAUACCCAAAGGCUUGUGAAUUAAGUGCCUUAAUUUUUUUAUUUUUAUAAUGUUUAGAAUUAUAUCACAUUGUAUUUUUAAACUGUUAUUUUAAAGAACUUUAGGUUUUAGAAAGCUUUUUAAGACAUUUUUCUGAGAGUUCCUAAUUUGUUGUUUUAAACAAUGCACUAAAUUGUUAUUAAUUUUACUAAGUACAUAAUUUGUAAUUUGACAUUUACUUGUUUGAUUACUUUUGAUUUAGAAAUAAUUUUGCAGUUUUGUAUGUUGCGUACAAAUUAGUUUGUCCUUAUUUUAAUUUGGAAAUUAAAUUUCCAUAUACUUUCAAAAUGAUAUUUGAUUUGUAUCAAGUAUUUAAAUCAUAUUUAUUUUGUUAAAUUCUGGUUCUUUGUUACUACUGAUUGAUUUUUGGUUUAGUGGAAAUAUUUUAAUACUGAAUAAAAAUUUUAAAGAUAAAAUAAUCAAUGAUAUUAAGCUAGAUUUUAUCUUAAAAGUUUUGUAAGCAAUGAGUAAUUUUAAUAAAUUUACUAAAUUUAGAAAAAAAUAAAGAUUUAUAGGUGUAAAACGAACUUCUUGUCAUAAAGCUACGAGAGGUACUCAUUAAACUUCAGGAAAACCUAGGAAGUUAAAUGAAAGACUUAUAGAAUAGAGCAUCAACACUUCGAACUAUUUGGGACUGGAGGGAGGUUUAGAUUUUCAAACAACACCUAGAAAUUCAUAUUUGCACUAAAAAUUGUAGGAUGAAUAAAAAUAAACACUUUAUGUACGUACAUAUGUACUCACAUAUUGUAAUUUAAUUUAUUUGUAUCUUUAAAUUCAUAAAAAAUACACUCAUUUUACAAAAACAAUUCACCUCAUAUUUACAAAAUAUGAUGUAUGUAUGUAUACACAAAAUAUAAACACAACUUUACGAAAUCAUUAUACUGUUGUUCAAAAACUUGGCUGUGUGUGAGUUUCUAAACUCUUUUCUGCCGGCCAAAUUCUUCAUUCGCUUGAGUUGCAGGAGCUGUUUGACUGCAUUCAGGCUGCGCUUCGUACUAAGACAUCACUGUAUCUAAUGAUUUAAAAGUGUCUAAAUGUGAAGAGUCAUCUUCUGUGUCUUCUUCGCUGUCACUGCUUUCUUGAUUUUCUGGCUCUUGCAUUGAAGUUACAAUAUCAGUAUUAUCAAGGAUUUUGUAUUUGGCUCAUGUUAUUUUUAUCGAGAUUUCAAUCAUUCCACAGGGUCAGUUUCAUCAUAUUCUUGAAGGCCUUGAAUAACAUGACCACCUCUCUCAUACUCUCAAGCAUAUCAGGGUGAUUUUCAUCAGUGUCAUCAUUGAAUUGUUUACUUUCUGGCUAAAGUUUAUUCCUUGCUUUUGUUAAAUUUUCUUUGGUUAGAAAGUCUCAGGAAUCUGCUAACAUGUAGCACAAGUCUUUUAAAACUGAACAACUUUUCCUCAUUAUCUUCCGCAAAAAGAUGCCUACGCAGCACAUGUUUCCUGUACAUUCUUUUUUUUUCAAUAAUAUCCUGAUCCAUUUGCUGAAUCAGCAGCAUAACGUUGUAUGGAAGAAACAUCACUUCAAAUUCAUCAUCAUCAUUCAAAAUAUUUUUAUACCAAUCUGUAAAUAUUUUACUACCAUCCAGGAGGUUUUUUGUGCUCUGUAUGUCACUGGCAGCUACAGCUGUGCUGUAAAGUCACGUUUUCAAAACACCUUGUUUUUUUGCUUUUACCAAUAAUCAAUAAUGGAAGCACAUGGUCUCCACUAGCAUUGGCACAGACCCUGUAAUACGCUCCUUACUAACCUUGAAUCCUGGAGCGGCAAUUUUACGGCUAGAGACUAGGGAUUUUCAUGAUAGAACCUUUCAGUCAAAACAACACUAAGUUAGUAUCUGAAUCUAACUUAGAAGGAAAGGUCAAAAAAGUAUCUUUUUCUUUUAAAUGUGCGAGAUGAUAACUUUAUCCACUCCAUAAUGUUUUGUCAAAUAAGAGUCAUUUUCACCUCUUUCAAGUCUAUUUAAUAUUUUGAAUUUGGUUUGUAUAGUUAGAAAUUUGUUUCCUCUUCAGUGUUCCUAAUGAUGCCAUAGUAUAACACUGUACAAGGAGUACACUGAGUGUAUUAUUAAAAUACAAAUUAUGUAAGCACUACGAACCACAAUAUGCAACUAUGACUACAGUACUGAACAAGUAAAGCAACUGAACUGACUAAUGACAGUGACACAAUAACACCAACGGAGUUAAGAAUAGACUUGCCCCUUGGUGAGAGGGGGAGUUGAUGAUUAAAAACAAACACUCCCAAGGUCAUUGUUCUCUCACCGCUUAGUGCAAAAAAAGAGUUCGCAUGUUUAAAGCAAGAGUUUGGGUUAUGAUGUUUUAGAUUUUUGAUACUUGGAUUAUUGACACUCUACUCUAAAUGUUACUAGCAUAUACCCGCGGCUUCGCCCACAAUUUAUACACAACAUUCUGUUUAUUUAAUUGAAUAGAUUCCACAAUUUCAGUAACACUUGAACUAUUUUAGACCAAUUUAGAGGAACUUAGUGAAAGUACUUGCGAUGUAUAUGAUAGGGUCCUAUGAUAUUUUAAAAAUAAAAUUAGUCAUCCGUCAGCUAUUAUCAUGCAUCAGGUGCCUAUUUUUCAGUGUUCGUGAUUAAGAGAACCAGAGGUUAACUAAUAUUUUGAGUAAUACUUAUUUCAGGUUUUGCACUUCUAAUUCAAAUAUAUUAUAUUUCCAAAGCAA